GCUCCAAUGACCUUUGCCCAGAGCUACAUGUUCGACGCACUGCAGCCAGAACCUGAGAGCCUUGUCCCGCGAGUUCCUUUCUCAGCGCGACAAAAAAAGGAGUUUGGUAAAACAGCGCAAAUCAUCGGCCUGCCUCCAUGGCUCCUGCAUGAUGCCACCGGCUACCUGCUAAAGCUGCUUCAAGACAAUGAAGAUGGCCAUGACUCGUCUUGGAAGCCUCCAAAGAUGUCGCGGGGCUUUUAUGGUGCGCCGCAUGUGGAAGGCCCAGCAGUUGCAACCAGCUCCAUUCCUAGCGCAGCUCUGCAAUUUGCCAACCGAGACCCAGCUCGUGUGCGGGUCAAGAUGAUGGCCAAAAAAACGCUCAAGGCCCCAGCAGAUUUUGCCAGAGGCGCUGUUGCUGAGACAGGCCCUCCUUUACCUGGCAGUGGUGACGAAGAGCCAGGCUUGCCGGAUGCCAGCGACAACAUGGCAGAAACCCCUGAUCUACCUGAUGCGCCAUCUGUUGCUACUGAGGAGCUUGCAGCUGAAGGAUCUGAGCUUGAAUUGCCGGAUGAACCGUCCAGGCCCCCACCGAGAGUGAACCCUGGAGCUGGAGCGCCUUCUUGUGUGCGAGGCCGCAACGGAGCUCCAGCCGGAGUCUACAAUUCUGAAGCUCAUGAACCUGAAGCGCCAGUGAUGAGAAGGCCCGCUGCCCUGAAGAGGCCAGCGGCUGCCCCAAAACCGGCCGGUCAAAAAAAGGCCUACAGACGUCUUUCCCAGUUGCCUUUCCCGGAAGGAGCUUUGGAUGCGCUGCAGCAAAUCAAAGAAGCUGGUCACAACAAGCGCCGCACCAGCGCUUAUGGGUGCAACGAGUGUCGCCGCAAGGCUGGCUUGAAGCUCAAUGACGAUGAAUCGGCUUGGAUUUGGGAUCCCUCACGACCGCGGUGGGGAUCCUAG